GGCGCAGGCGCGGUGGCUGCUUCCGUCACGGGAGCAGCGGCGGAGGGUUGUGCGGGAGCGGUGGGCCUGGGGAAGGGGGCGAGCGGGCCGGGCUCCGCGGGCUGAGUUGAGCCGCGCCGCUAUGAGCUUCUUGUGGGGCGUCAUGGGCGGCCCCAGCGCCGGGCCCCAGCCUUCCGGUGCCGAGACGAUCCAGAAGCUGUGCGACCGUGUAGCUUCUUCCACGUUACUGGAUGACCGAAGGGAUGCCGUCCGUGCUCUUAAAUCUUUAUCCAAGAAGUACCGGUUGGAGGUGGGCACGCAGGCAAUGGAACAUCUCAUCCACGUUCUCCAGACAGACCGUUCAGAUUCUGAAAUAAUUGGCUAUGCCUUGGACACUCUCUACAAUGUAAUAUCGAAUGACCUAGAAGAGGAGGAGCAAGAUGAUUCUGAAGAAGAAAACUUAACAAAAGUUGAUGAUUUGGGGAGUCAGUUCACAGAGAUAUUCAUUAAACAGCACGAAAAUGUCACACUCUUGCUGACUCUUGUGGAGGAAUUUGAUUUCCAUGUUCGCUGGCCUGGAGUGAAACUCCUUACAUCUCUUUUAAAGCAGCAAGGACCUCAAGUGCAGCAGAUAAUUCUUGUCAGCCCUAUGGGUGUUUCCAGACUCAUGGAUUUACUAGCAGACUCUAGGGAGGUUAUACGAAAUGAUGGAGUCCUCUUGUUACAGCAGUUGACAAAAAGUAACGCAGCCAUACAGAAGAUUGUUGCCUUUGAGAAUGCCUUUGAGAGACUUCUGGAUAUCAUAACAGAAGAAGGAAACAGUGAUGGAGGAAUAGUAGUGGAAGACUGUCUCCUUCUAUUGCAAAACUUGUUGAAGAAUAAUAAUUCCAAUCAGAAUUUUUUCAAGGAAGGUUCAUACAUUCAGCGUAUGAAGCCUUGGUUUGAGGUUGGAGAUGACAACUGUGGAUGGUCUGCACAGAAAGUAACUAAUCUCCACCUUAUGCUGCAGCUUGUGCGGGUGCUUGUGUCUCCCACAAAUCCUCCUGGUGCUACCAGCAGCUGUCAGAAAGCAAUGUUUCACUGUGGGCUCUUACAGCAGCUCUGUACAAUCCUGAUGGCAACAGGAGUUCCUGCUGAUAUCCUGACAGAAACCAUAAACACUGUAUCAGAGGUCAUUCGAGGAUGCCAGAUGAAUCAAGACUACUUUGCCUCUGUAAAUGCACCUUCUAAUCCACCAAGGCCUGCGAUUGUAGUACUUCUGAUGUCCAUGGUGAAUGAACGUCAGCCUUUUGUGCUACGUUGUGCUGUUCUCUAUUGUUUCCAGUGCUUUCUCUACAAAAACCAAAAAGGCCAAGGAGAAAUUGUGUCAACACUUCUGCCGUCUACUAUUGAUGCUACAGGUAACUCAGUCUCAGCUGGUCAGCUGCUUUGUGGGGGCCUCUUUUCCACGGACUCCCUCUCUAACUGGUGUGCUGCUGUAGCCCUGGCCCAUGCGUUGCAGGAGAAUGCCACUCUGAAAGAACAGCUCCUUAGAGUUCAGCUCGCCACCAGCAUCGGCAAUCCACCCGUUUCGCUGCUGCAGCAAUGCACCAACAUCCUCUCACAGGGUGAUAAGAUCGACAGACGGGGCAGCAAAGUCCAGACCAGGGUUGGACUUCUGAUGUUACUUUGCACUUGGCUCAGCAACUGCUCCAUCGCUGUCACCCACUUCCUUCACAAUCCAGCCAAUAUACCUUUUCUCACGGGGCAGAUAGCUGAAAACCUGGGAGAAGAGGAGCAACUCGUCCAAGGCCUGUGUGCACUUUUGCUUGGCAUUUCCAUCUACUACAAUGACAAUUCCCUUGAAAACUAUAGGAAAGAGAAGCUGAAGCAACUGAUUGAGAAGAGGAUUGGUAGGGAGAACUUCAUUGAGAAGCUUGGCUUCAUUAGCAAACAUGAACUUUAUUCCAGAGCUGCUCAGAAACCCCAGCCUGGUUUUUCCAGCCCAGAGCACAUGAUGUUUGAUCAUGAAUUUACCAAGCUUGUGAAGGAAUUGGAAGGUGUCAUAAGUAAAGCUAUUUACAAGUCCAGUGAGGAAGAUAAAAAGGAGGAGGAGGUCAAGAAGACAUUGGAACAGCAUGACAACAUUGUGACUCAAUACAAAAAAGUCAUCAGAGAGCAGGACCAGGAGCUUGAAGAACUAAAACAACGGAUUACCACUUUAAUGUCUCAAAAUGAACAGCUCCAAGCAACAGUUACCCAGCAAGUGUCACAGAUCCAACAGCAUAAGGACCAAUAUAAUCUCCUUAAAGUGCAGCUAGGAAAGGACACUCAACAUCACAAUUCCCAUGGGGAUACGUUUCAGAUGAAUGGCAUUCAGACGGAAGAAGUGAGCAAACUAAAAGAGGAGUUGGAAGAAUGGAAAAACAAGCAUGAGCUGCUGCAAGGGCAGAUAAGGGAAAAGGAUUUUCUGAUUGAAAAAUUGAAGUCUUCACAGUUGGAAAUAGGAACAACAGAGUUGUCUUCACAGAACAGCAGAUCUGGUGGUUUGGAGCACAAUAAUGAACUACAAAAGGAGUUAGAAAUGCUCAGGAGUCAGCUACAACUACAGUCUGCAGAAAUCUCUCAGCUUCUGAUAGAGAAUCAAAAGCUACAAGUAAUGAACACAACUGCAGACCCUGUGUUAGGAGACAGUGGUGCAAUAGUAGCAAAGAGUUCUGAAUUGGAGGGACAACUUGAGCAACAAAUCAAAGAAUUGAAGAGUGAAGUCAAAGCCCUUUGUGAGGAAAAAGAAUCACUAAAACAGCACCUGGAUUCAUCCAGCAGUACAGUUGCUAUUUUGCAAGAUGAGAAAAUUAAACUGCAGCAAGAAGUUGCAGAAUCAAAGAAAGAACAAGAUGAUCUUCUCGUGCUUUUGGCUGACCAGGACCAGAAACUAUCUGCACUGAAGAUCAAAUUGAAAGAUCUUGGUGUACCAGUUGAAGAUGAAGACGAUAUUGAGUCUGGAGAUCAAGGGGAUGAAGAUGAGGAUGUGGAGGAAGAGGAACAAGACUAGACUGCUUUUGUGUGUUAUGACGAAAACUAGGUUGCUUCGUUAAUGGGGAGGGAAUCUAUUAAUUGGUAUACAACACAGAACAUCUGCUUAUGAGCAGCAGAUGAGAAAAUGACAACUGUGGGACUAGUUAUAAGUUACUAAAGUGUUUGAAAACCCUUCCUACUAGGUAAAGCAAACAGAAAUCACUGCUUAAGUUCUACAAGAGUAUCCCAAAUUAUACUUGCUUAGAAGUUGCUUUAGAUGCUGUUUAAAGCAUGGGGAUGACAAUGUUACUGCCUCAGUUCAUUGUCAUUGACAUAAGUUCUGUGUGUUCAUCUACAGUUUUAACCUUCUGGAACUGUUAAUUAAAUACAAAAGUAUUUGGUUUA